UUUUUUUUUUUUUUUCUUCUUCUUAAUCAGAAGCCGCGGGAACGGUGAAGCGGGGAGGCGGAGGGGGAGACGUUCCUUCUCUCAUUUCUAGUCCAGCUGGUUGCAGAGUUCGUCAUUAAUAGCGGUGACGCUGACGGUGAGAGGUGGUGAUGCUGGCGGUGGCUUCAGCAGUGGCGCCUACUGUCCAAUCAAGAAGCGCAUGCCGAGCUUUUUCGGCAGCGGGGGCCACGAGAGGAGGUAGUCGAUCGGGCCGGCAUCUUUCUUUGAUCUUUUUCUAAGGAAAAGGCGCUACGUCCAUUGAGGGGUGUGAAUGAUUCCCCGCACCCUACUGCUAUAUUAUGAAGUUUUUUCUAGUCUGGUGUUCGCCCUCUUUUUUCUCGUCCCCCCCCCUUCGAUAGCUCGGCUCAUGUCCGUCUUCCGACGGGGCAGAAGGGGGAGGGGGUGGAUGGAGGGACUUUCGGGCCUACUGGGCGGGCUUCAGCCAUCUCUUCUUUGGCGUUUUUUUUUUCUUCUCUUUCCUUCUUUUUCCUACUUCUUCUCUCGUCUUAGCUGUUUUCGGGAAGAACGGCUUCGCGCGCCUGCCGCGAUGUAGGUAGCUUCCCCUUGUGUGCGUUGCAUUUUGUGGACGUAGAACCACAUCGGAGUACGGAUAGAGGAGGG